AUGAUGAAGGGAAUCACUUUGGUCCUGCUCUUCUCUCUUGUGGGGAGUGAGAAGUAUAUUAUGGAACCAGCGUUCAACCCAAACAAGACCUAUGUAUAUACUUACCAAGCUGUGAUUCUGAGUGGGCUGCCAGAAAAAGGUUUGGCUAGAUCAGGUCUGAGGUUGACUAGCAAAUUGGAGAUCGGUGGCGCAUCCCAGAAGCUCUAUUUCCUCAAGAUUCAGUCUGUGCAACUAGAAGAAUACACUGGUAUCUGGUCUAAAGAUUCAUUCAUUGAUUCACCUAAACUCACUCAGACAAUUGCAUCUGGCCUUAUGCAAAUAUUCAAGUUUGAGUAUAAUAAUGGACGCAUUGGCAACAUUUAUGCCCCAAAGGACACCCCAGCUAUUAUUGUUAACAUAGUAAGAGGGAUACUGAAUAUGUUCCAUGUCACCAUCAAAAAGUCUCAAAAUAUAUAUUAUUUACAAGAGGCCGGGAUUGGUGGUGUAUGUUAUACUAGCUACAUCAUCCAUGAAGAUAAGAUAAAUAACCAGGUUUCCAUCAGGAAAUCCAGAGAUCUCAACAACUGCCAGGACAAAGCAGCCAAGAAGACAGGAAUGACUUAUUUUCAUGUCUUUCCCCAAUUUGACAAGAAAGCUGGGAUUGUUAAAGGAACAGAGACAUACUCCUACAAAAUGAAAUAUACGGGAUGUGGGGCUUUGAUCUCAGAAGUUACGGUUCACCAAGUAUAUCAAGUCUCCCCAUUCAAUGAGGAGAACGGGGUUGGUGUGACAGAAACGGAGCAAGAACUCAGCUUGAGUGAAGUGAAAAAUGAGCGUAUGAGCUCCCCAGAAGUUCGAAUGCAGAAUCAGGGAAGCCUUCAGUACCGUUUCCUAUCCACCAGACGUCAGAUGCCUUUUCAGCUAGUGAAAAUGAAUAGACCAGAGAAGCAGGUCACAGAGGUGCUCCAGAACCUCCUCCAGAAUAACCAAGGAGCGUUCCAUGAAGAUGCUCCCACCAAAUUCCUGGAGCUUAUCCAAUUGAUUCGGGUGAUGGAUGACAGAAGCCUGGUUAGAGUUUGGAAGCAGUGGGAAGACAAGACUGAGUACAGGCACUGGUUGCUGAGUGCUAUUGCCAUGGCAGGAACCAAAGACACCCUGAAGUUCAUCAAGCAAAGAAUCGAGAGUGACACCUUUUCCUUCUUGGAAAAUUUGCUGGCGAUUGUUUUUUCAUUUCAACUUACUAGAGCCGACUCCAGUGUCCUUCCCAUAGCUGCGGAAAUUGUCACCAGUCCUCAAAUACAGAACUCUUCCUUGCUUCAAAAGGUUGCUCUCCUGGCUUAUGGUUCUAUAGUUUACAGGUCGUUUCUUUCCAGUUCAUCACCUCCUGAAGCCCUUCAGGUACUUCACAACUACACAACUGAAGCAAUAAAAAAUGGCCGGGAAGAAGCCAUGGUCCUGGCCCUGAAGGCCCUUGGAAACUCGGGCCAAGUGGCCAGCAUCAAACGCAUCCAGAAGUACCUGCCUGGAUUCUCACCAUCUGCUUCUGAUCUUCCAGUCAGGGUUCAAAUGGAAGCAGUGAUGGCCCUGAGGAAUAUAAUCAAGAAAGAUCCCUCAAAGGUCCAAGAAAUACUUCUCCAGAUGAUCGCAGACCAUUCCCUGCAGCCCAAAGUCCGGAUGAUGGCCUCUGCUUUCCUGUUUGAAGCACGGCCUCCUCCUUCUGUGAUGGCCAUAGUGACGAAUAUUAUGCUGAAGGAGAAGAACUUGCAAGUAGCCAGCUUCAUUUACUCCUACAUGAAGACCAUCUCCACAAAUUAUUUUCCAGAUUGGACUAACAUGUCUGCAGUGAGCAAUAUUGCCAUCAAACUCUUGAAUCCCAAACUGGACCAUCUGACUUACCGCUAUAGCAAGGCUAUUCAUGUCUCCCGCUUCUUCAGAGACUAUGACGCUGGCGCUUUCAUGAGAUUUUUCAUCCUAAAUAGCCCUGAGACUUUGUUCCCAACAUCCAUCAUUUCUAGUCUGGGGGCACACUUUGCUGGGGGAUCCAUCAGUCUUGUGGAGGCUGGUAUACAAGUUGAAGGCUUGAGAGAGAUUGUGAAGAAAACAAACUCAUCAUUUAUGGAGUAUUCCAUACACAGGAAAAUAAAAGAACUUGUAAAGACACUGUUGGGAUGGAAGGAGCUACCAGUUGUUAAGCCAUUGCUGUCUGCCAAUCUAAAGUUGUUUGAUCAAGAACUCAUCUUUUUUGAUGUGGAUGAGGACUUUGUGAAGAAUAUUCUGAAGGAACUGGCUCAGCCAGUUAGAUAUGGCACGCUUAAGAAAAUCUCUCGGCUCCUGGACGGUAUCUCAGGCCAAUGGACUCAAGCCUUGGGGUUGGCAGAAAUCUGGUAUGCCGUCCCUACCUCCAUGGGACUGCCUUUAGAAUACAGUUUCUAUGCUACUACCCUGGCACAUUUUUCAGCUAAUGUUAGUGCCAAAGUAUCCCUUCCUCUGUCUGAUGAUUCCGAAACUAAAAAGUCAUCCAGUCCUAUAAUUCAAAUGUUUGCUGACAUCAAACCCUGCAUGUACUGGUAUUCUGUGGCAGCGAUGACCAUCAAUACCCCUGUCUUCCAGUCUGGCAUUGAGCUCCAGGCAAAGCUUCAGGCAGCUUAUCCAAUGAAGUUGGACAUAAAAAUGGACCUAGAAGAGAAAAACUUUAAGUAUGAAACUUUCCCAUGGCACCAAGAGACUGAGCUCCUGAGGGCCAGUGCCAAAGCUUUUGCUGUAUGGAGAAAGAAUGGGGAGCCAGACACGGAAAAGAAGGUUCCUCUAGUUCCCGAGGAAGCUGGAUCUGAGAUCUCCCAGAGGCUAUUUGGUUCUGCAGAGAUGAAUUUGAAGCCAGGAAGGACCUCUGAAACUUUUUUUCCCAAUUACUUCAACUUCCCCAAGCCCGAGUUUCACCAUGGAAAAAAUGGAAAGGCUCAUUUCCAAGAGGCUUGGUUCAACCUGCCUUAUUUGGGUUUUCAGUCCUACUUCUCCACGAAAUCCCAGAGUGCCACAUCACUCCAAGGCUCCAUUUUCCAUCAUAUAGUGGGCUCACAUGAGGCUCAGCUUAUAGCAAAACCAGAUGCUACUGUUGAGAAGAUUGGGCUGGAAAUUGAAACAGGACCUAAGGCAGCUUCCAGACUAAUCCAGAUGAUGAAGUUCUUGGAGAACAAUAAUUCACUCAUACUAACUGGAAUAUUUCGGGUAGAACACAGUGACCAUAAGCUUAAUGGCUUCCAAUUUGCCAUUUUCACAAAUAAUUACUCCUCCAAAGCUGGGAUCCAGUUAUGGGUCACUAAUUUCAUCAAAAGUAGCCAAUGGAAAACUUGUAUUGAAAUCUCAUUGGAGAAUAUUCAUGUGGUAAAGGCAUCCCUGAAAUGGGGUGAGAGUUGCCAGGAAUAUCAAAUUUUGGGGGAAAUUGUGACUGGGCAGUCUGCUAAUCACUCUAUUGUGCAAAUGAAGGUUGCGUGGCCAAAAAUCUCAGCAGAAGUCACAGAAAUGGGAAAAUGGUUUUAUACAUUCAUUCCUGGGCUUCUCUCUAGACUGGGAUUCUCUGAAAGAGCUUGGAAAAAUCCCCUUCAAAAGGCCAGCUUAGUGAUGGAGCUCUCAUCUCCCAGAAGUGGGGAUGUAACUAUCAGGCUACCCCAUAUUACUUUUUAUGGACAAGACAUUCUUUUACCCAUCCCAUACCCUAUAAGUCAGCCAGCACCAGCUUCCAAAAUGCCUAUCCAGGUCGAGGAUUUUUUUGCACAAGUCACAAAUUCCAUAAUGGAGACUUUCCAAGCUGAUUGUUCAGUCAAUCAAGAACAGAUCACCACCUUCAAUGGAAUCCAGUAUAGCUACCCCCUGCUUGCCAACUGCUUCCACAUUCUAACCCAGGAUGCUAGCCCCGAGCUGAGGUUCCUGGUAUUGAUAAAGACAGCUGAAGGCUCUGCUGACCAAAAGGCUAUCAAUGUCAAACUGGCCAAUCAUGACAUUGACAUGUAUCCUGCUCAAGGACACCUUUGGCUUCAGGUGGAUAGCAAAGAGACCCCCGUGAAUGAAAGCAUCAUCCUUUCUGGCAAUGAAUCACUUGUGUCCAUCAAGAAUGAAAGUCAAGGAUUCUCUCUUUCUGCACCAGAACAUGGCAUUGAAAAACUUUAUUAUGAUGGGAAAACAUGCAAGGUUCGUAUUUCUUUAUGGAUGAUUGGAAAAACCCGAGGUUUGUGUGGACAGUCCAAUGCAGAAACCAUCCAGGAAUUUCAGAUGCCCAGUGGCUACAUAGCUAAAGAUGCUCUGAGCUUUGCUCGAUCUUGGGUUCUGACAGAUGGCUCUUGUUCCAGAGCUUGUUCCUUUAAACACCAGUUCAUAAGACUUGAGAAGACAAUUGACCUUCAAGGAGAAAAUUCCUCAUGCUUUUCAGUGCAGCCAGUGUUGAGGUGUCUGAAGGGCUGCAGAGAGGGCCAAAGCAUUGCCACCCUUGUCGGCUUCCAUUGCCUUCCAAGUGAUUCCGAUGCCUUUUUUGCCAUGUCACCAACACGGUUGGAACUUAAAUCUGAGGAUGUGGAGAAGAAAAUUGAGGUCCCUAUUCAGUGUUUCUGUGAUGAGCAGAUUUGCUUGGCGUGACUUUCAGUUGCUUUAGAACCUCUCUACGUGGCUUCCCCUUGAUGGUGCUUUGCCCAGGUUUUUUGGAUGAGUUUAUUUGGGUCUGGCACAUACAAGAAAUGAAAAUGUUGACCUUUGUGGAAACAAUGUACUAUUCAUCUCAGUAUCUGAUUAGGAAUAAAUGUGUGAAUAUCAAGGGAAA